AUGCUGCAGAAAAUACAUGCUGGACAUUUGGGUAUGAGCAAAUGUAAACAACGAGCCCGCGAGGUGUUAUUUUGGCCUGGCAUUACUGAGGACAUUCAGAAUUUGGUCAAACGUUGUGAACCAUGUCAAGUUCACCAGAAACAACAAAUGGCUGAACCAUUGUUGUCGCACCCAAUACCAUUGAGACCAUGGCAGAAAGUCUCAACAGACUUAUUCGAGCUGGAAAGGAGACCUUAUAUAGUUGUCGUAGACGCGUUUUCAGGUUACCCCGAGGUAGUGAGCCUGACGAGCCAAACCUCAGCAGCUGUUAUUCAAGUAAUGAAGACCAUAUUCGCACGAUAUGGCAUACCUGCGCAAGUACUUAGUGACAAUGGCCCUUGUUAUAGUAGCAAGGAGUUUCAGAAAUUCGUGGAGGAAUGGGACUUUCGACAUGUUACGAGUAGUCCAGGAUAUCCAAAAUCCAACGGUAUGGCAGAACGAGCUGUCCAAACAGUGAAGUCUAUCAUUCGUAAAUGUAAGGAAAGUAACCAAGAUCCACAUAUGGGAUUGUUAGCGUACAGAACAACGCCUAUGGACAAUGGUUUAUCUCCCGCGGAAAUGCUAAUGGGUAGACAACUCCGCUGUAACUUGCCCAUUGCGAGUGAUAAACUCAACAAACGCGAAGACCGAUAUGUCGCAUCGUGGAAAAAACAGCAGAGAGAAACUCAAAAAUAUUAUCAUGAUCGAGUUGCAGUCAAAACUUUUUUUUUGAACCACUCGAGGAAAAUGCCAGGGUGCGAGUUCGCGAAAAGAAAUGGGAGAAAUUGGGAACGGUGGUAG